GAUCGAUGAAAAUUCACAAGUGAUGGAGGACAUUUAAGGAGCGUCGCGCAUGUCGGAUUUAACCUUUGUGGACAAAAGCUAUUGUUUCUGAGCCGGUGGAGGAUUUAUUUUUCUGUGAUAUUAUAAGUUGCUGUUUACGUUUUCUCUUCUUAUAUGUGAAUCAGCUGACAGCAUGGGGAUACUGCUAUUAUUUGCUGUCUUGCAAGUGGUGACAGUCGGCCUGGUGACUGCUGGCUGUCCAGUGGUGUGUGAGUGUCCGGCAGGGCCUCCAUCCUGUCCCCCAGGGGUCAGCUCAGUCCCGGAUGGCUGCGGGUGCUGCAAAGUGUGUGCAGCUCAGCUCAACCAGGAUUGCCACGAAGGACGGCCCUGUGACCACCAUAAAGGCCUGGAGUGCAACUAUGGCAAUGAUGUGGGCCGUACCUAUGGCAUCUGCAGGGCAAAGGCAGAGGGCCGCUCGUGCGAAUACAAUGGGCGGAUUUAUCAAAACGGCGAGAAUUUCCGCGCUGGUUGCAAGCACCAGUGCACCUGCAUCGAUGGAGCGGUAGGCUGCGUGCCCCUUUGCCCCAGCCAUGUGCCCCUGGCGUCCCCUUCCUGUCCUUCUCCGCAGCUGGUCAAGGUGCCGGGCCAGUGCUGCCUCAGCAUCGACUGCCACAAGGGGACCACCAUGGUGCCCCCAGUGCACCGCAGACCCCAACCUCCAGCUUACCCGCCUUACCCCUUCAUUCCCUACCCGGCCUACCCCUACCCAAAGCCUUAUCCGAAACUUUACCGGAAGCUGUACCCCUACAAACCCAAAAAGGAGAAGGACACCCUGGGCAACGAGCUGGUGGAGGUGGGGCGCAAGUGGGACAAGCCACGGGGAAACAAGCACCUGGCGGCCUGGAGACAGGUGGGAGAUCAGUGUGUGGUUCAGACUACUUCCUGGUCCCAGUGUUCUCGGAGCUGUGGGAUGGGCGUCUCCUCUCGUGUUACCAAUGACAAUGCCCGGUGUAAGCUGAUCAAGGAGACGCGUCUGUGCAACAUUCGGCCCUGCAGCUCCAUGUCUAUCCCUGUCAAGAAAGGAAGGAAGUGCUCUCGUACCCAUAAGGCCCCUGAGCCACACCGCCUGUCCUACGCCGGCUGCAGGAGCACUCGCCUGUACAGGCCCAACUACUGUGGCGUAUGUAGAGAUGGCCGUUGCUGCUCACCCCGUCGCACACGCACUGCCAGUGUGACCUUCGCCUGCCCUGAUGGCGAACGCUUCAACAAGUCUGUGAUGUUCAUCCAGUCCUGCAAGUGCAGCGACGAGUGCAACCACCUCAACGAGGCGGCCAUGCCUCCACAGCGAUGGCUCUACGGAGACACACACAAGUUCAUCGACUAGUGGUAUCAUCCCCCCAACCUACAUUCCCUCACAAAAAAAAAAGACAUUAACUCCCCCAUAGUGAUCCCCAUUAUAGAAUAGCUGUCCUUAGUGUAUCUAUGAGUAGACGCAAGCGAGGUGCACACGUCAAAACAUCUUUUCUGGAAGAUUAUUUGGGGAGGAAUGGGGAGAAGCAGAAUGAAUCAGAUGGGCGCAUCUCCAACUUGGAAAGAGCAAAGUGAGCAGCCCCUGCUUUAGUGUAGAUAAGAAGUUGUUUCUGGCCUGGCCCAGACUUCUACCGACUGUGACGAAAUCUUUAUAGAAAACAUGGAAGCAACCAGCCACCGUGUUGCUGCCAUGCACCAAAUGUCCCCCGAACUCUGAGACUUUUGUUGGGGACGCUGGAGCAAGAGCUGACACACACGAGCAUAACUGUUGGUGUUUCUUUUGUUGAUGGUGUGGAUUCACAUCGCACUUACUGAGCAACAGGUCUGACUAGCCAAUAGAAAGCUGGAAUGACGUUGCUUUGGAGCCAAAUAUGAAACCAGCUGGAAUCAUAUGUCUGUACACGCCAAUAACUUAGUAUUGAUAAACCAAAUGAAGACUCAUGGAGACGACUUGACAGCAAAAACUGGGAUCAUGAUGGCAGAAGAUGGAGGAGCAUCUCAGAUGUUCUGACAGGAGUGUGGCUUGUGUCUUUUUAUGGUAUUUAUUCACUGGUAUUUAUUGUUGAGACAGACGUGAUGACACAGUGGCCUGCCACCAGGGAAGGCGGUGCUGCUAUGUUUGGAGCAUUGGCGUGGCUGAACGAGGAUCUGAGAGGGACAAAACAGCUGAGAGCUGUCAGCCAUGACAGGGAGAGGAGGACUCCCACAGAUCGGGACUUGACCCCGGGGUCGCAUCAGAGGUCACGGCGGUCAGAAAGCCAUGUCCAAUGAUGGAUGAUGAAGGCUACAGGAGAAGAGGAAGUAUGUACUAGAAAAAGACAGAGUUGAACCUGAUGGGUUGAGGCUUUGUACGCAUUAGUGGGGAAUAUGUCAAAGGUUGUUUACACAGCUGGACUCAUCCCCUGCCUUGCCUCCACGAGAAACUGAGACAUUUAGCGAGCAACAGAAGAACAAGCCUGGGAUUCUGGCGCCAAGAAGUCGACCGCCUAAUUCAUUGCAAAUUACAAUCCUGACUCUGAGGGGCAGUGAGAGAAAUUCAGCCACUCUCUGGUUUGCUAUAAGAAGAAAAUAAAGUAUACUGAGGUAAACAUGUAAUUUGGGACUAACGGGUGGAACCGCUCUGGUGCCCAAUUUGGCCUGUAAUUGAGCAGCAUGCCAGCUCACUGAAAAAAAACAACAACAAUAACUCAUGUUUCUUUAUGUUUAAGUGGUGUCUGUUUCUGAGAAAUUCUGUUGAAGGCUGUGUUGUCAAGUUGACAUCACUGUUGGGGGCAGAGAAGAGCUUUAUGGCCCUGCAGAGGACAGAGCCGGGGCUGCCAGAGGUCAAUAAGAACGUAUUUCUAAGGACAUUUCGAAGGAGGGGAAUUCUGUAUUAUUCUACCAUUUUUAUGGCCAAAAUCCUUUACUAUGACUGAAUAACCCAGAUCAUCUUUCUUGACUGGGACUUCAUGCACCUUACGACAGCCCUGAUUCAUGACCUUUUAUCUCAUGCAAAGGUAAUAAUAGAGUGACUGAGAGGUCUUUUCAAACUGAUUUUUAUCUUUACUGAAUACACGUUAAAUGGGUGAUUCUAAAUUAUUUGAAGCACCAUUUUAUCAUUUCAAAGAUUUGUUUUCUCUUGUGCCAUAAGAAGAUAGUGGCUUAGACAUUUGUUCAGUUUUCUGUGAAACUGGAAAAUAAUUGCAUUUUCAACCACGUCUUGGCUACAGUAGGCUUUCUUAGUUAAGAGACUCUGCUGCCGCUAAGCCUUACAACCUCAUUAGGGGUUUUCAACUUUACAGGUGAUUUAAAAAAUUGUUUGGGAAUUGUUCACCAUGUUACCAUUGCUAUUUGUCUAUGUAGAUGCGGUGGUUUUGGUACUGUAUGUCUAGUUUUGUUAAAUGACACUAUAGAGCAGCUAUGUACAGAUGCAUUGUUACCUUCUUUUAGUUCUAUCUGCUGUAUAAGGGCCAAUCCUUUUACCGAGUUAUACUGAAGUAGUCCAUGUAUAGUUUAGCACUGAACGAGGCAGGGUUCAGAUCUGGCAUCAAGUGCCAAUUUGAAAGCAUGAUGAUUGUAUGUCUACUAGUGUACAUUAAUACCAUCGGUAAUGAUAAAGUCAUGCUUUCUAAGAUUACAUAUUUAAAAAAUGUUCACAGAGGCUAAAAAUCAAUUUUCUUCACAAGUGCUUCUCUUGGAAACUGGUUGCCUAACACAUUUGAUUUCAUCAUUUUGCAUUUUUCAAUAAAGACAUUUUCACUCCUA